CAACGUUACGCAGCGGAUUUUUGUCAGCUGCAAGAGACGAGGAGCACUCACUGGAGGGAUUGCGGCCAGGCCGGAAUCAUGCAGAUGAAGCUGAAUUAGUGGCAUCGCUUCUUAUCCACUACUUCUGGCGCUAAGACGAAUUAUUUUCCAUUAAACAAAGUUUAGGUGGAUCUUUUUGUUGGCAGUUGUACCAUCAGGAAAAAAAGGAAAGUUGAAUCUAGUUCUUUGUUUCCUUGAUUGGGAUGAGCUAGAGAAAGAAGACAAAGAGUACACAUGAUAUACUCAUAACUCCCCUUAUAUAUAAAGAAAUAUAUAACAUAUAACACAGCUCUUCAACUGAUUUGGAGGGCAGUAACAGAGCAAGCAUAUUAGUGAGCACCUCAUCAAAGGUUUUGGUUGUGACAUGCCCAAAAGCAACAAGCUUGAACAGGCACAAGUCAAUUUAAAAGCACUAUUAGAGAGUUACUUCAAAACUAGUUUUUAAACCUCAUUAUCCCUACUAUACUUUUGGUACCCCCCCUCCACAGAUCCACCGUGAGAUAGGAUGUGCAGUUCCCCAAAGAGGAGAAAUAUUUUAGCUCACCAGAUCCAGCGCGGGGGUAGAAGGCGCUGAAUUUGCCUUCCAAUUCUAGUUUCUUACCAGACAAGGAAAUGGCCAGGCCUCGCACGAAUUUCUGAACCGCUGGAACGAUCGCCAGCGCUCCCAGGACGUGCGAGAAUUUUUAAAGAGACCCCUCGCGAAUCAAGACCCACCAUAAAUCCAAAGUAAGCUGAGCAUAGGCUGGAUAUCCAGAUCUAGGGCUGGGCGAUUUAGGAGGAGAAAGGGUCGCUAUGGCGAGUGAUGAGGAUUUUGUGGUUCUUCUCAGGGCCAAAGGGCCAGAUCUACCAAAGGGAGUUCUUGAUCGAGAUGGUGAGGGUGUGGAAUACUCGUUCGUGGGGCCUCGGCGCUAUGCAGAUGGAAAAUCUCUCUUGGAGUACUUAGGCGAUGGGCAGUAUUACGUUGCCAGGGAACAUCAGGGGAGGUAUGGAUGGCAGGAGCUAAUAGCGGAGCUACAGCGUGUGCCAAGAGUUGCGGAUUGUAUCCAUGUCUUCGAAAAAGUGGCGAGAAGAGAGCCCAUUACCAAAGGGCUUCUUCAGAAGUUUGGAGAUAAACUCUCCUCUGUCGUUGCUGUCGUCCAACGCACAGUGAGAAGCAAGCCCAUUACUAAAGAUGUUGUGGAAGCUAUACUACAGACGUUUGGCGAUGACCUCUCAGACAGCAUUUCCAGCAUGACCCCUGCGCACGCGUUCAAAAGAAAGUUCUCGCUCACCAAGGUUCCAAUUUGCCAGAUAAACGUUUCGGGACGUUGGCAACCGAGUCUUUUGUGGCAUGGUCUGGAGCAGCCUCUUGGUUCUAGAGAUAUUCUUUCAUUGUUGAGAAUCAGCAACCCCAGUCUUUUGAUUCUAUUCGACGUCUCCGGAGCCGGAAAGACGCGUUGCUUAUACGAGAUUGCGGCACAGCAGACCUGUCUUUACUUCACUGGCGUGUGUUCCGGUUCUCCUACUGCUGAUGGCUCCCGGGACCUGUUGGUCGUGUCCGAGACACUGCAGAGGCUGUAUCCAACAGGUCCGAUUCCAGUUUCAUCCCUCAAGACCUGUUUGAGGGCGGUGCUCCUGUCAAGGCUUUUCAUUCACCGCAAAUGUGACGACCUCCUCAAGCCACUGAGCAAUUUGACAUUUCUUUUCAAGCAGGUUAUGCACCAGCAGCUCAACUAUACUCAGGCUGACCCUUGGGCCCAUUUAACCGGGUGCAUCUUGGCGCUGGCGACGUCAGUUGAUGAUCUUCCUGCAUUGGAGUCCGUGUUGAGCAAGAUGCUCCGUGCGUACACCUGGGACUGGCCGAUUAUUUUGGACGAGUGCCAGGAGGUGAACAGAUAUCUGAAAGACAGGUUCAUGGCAGGAGAUGGGGAGACGGGCAGCCUUAGACGAUCAAUGCUUGAUAAGUUUGUUAUUGCUCUCCAGGAUGCUGGGUUCAACAACAAAGUAAUCUUUGCUGGCACUGGGAGAUCGCUGUAUCAUGUGGCCACUCACAUCUCCGAGACUAUGAAAUUCCGUGUGAGCAUCUAUUGGUAUACAACCUUUGGCGAGUUUCGGGAUGGUCAGGCCCUGCGGCAAUAUGCUAGCAACAUAUUGGAGGAUUGCAGCAUCAUUGACUUUGAGAGGCUCGGGGUGCUGUACAGAGGAAGAUAUCGGACGUUUGUUACUGCUCUUGAGCAGUAUAUCCUUUUUAACCCGCCUGCAACCGCAGCUACAGAGUUUUUCUUGAAUUAUGCCAAAGAGACAACAUCCAUGAGGGGUGUAUCUUGGACGGGACCAAGCAAGAGGAUAAGUCCUGCAGAUAUUAUGAACACAGUGAACAGGACAGUGCUUGAUGAUGUCUACCGAUUUUUUUCAGGAGUCCCGAGUGAUGAACUGGCGGCAGUGAAGGCUCUAGUUCAAUCAGUUGUUGCGAACCACUUCUUCGGUACAGGAAAGAUGGUCGUGAUGAAUCCAACGUUAUCACUGGUGGAGUUUGGACUUGGGAGAGUCCAGUAUAAAGGACACAGGCUGAUGAAGUGGAUGUAUCAACAUCAAGACGGAAUUAUUGGCCAUUCUGACACAAGUGAAAAAUGCCGAGCUGUAGAGAUCUUCGAGCCGCUGGUCUGUCGUGCCCUGUGGCACUAUUAUCAGGAAAAUUCCUCCUUGCAACGGAUCCAGCAGCAUCGUUUUCUGGAGAAGGCCGAAAUAUAUGCCAGUGCUACAGGGGAGGUUUAUGAAACUGCAGUUGCUGAGAUGAUUGGGGAGCACUUAGAUGGAAGGUGUCUGGCCGACCUUUUCUCAUCGUGGAACACGGAGCCGAUUCCGUCCAUCUACAACAACACUGCAACUCUUGCUAGGCCGAAGAUUGAUAACCAGAACCUCAUCGGGACAGAGACGGAGGACUUUCGAUUAAUCGAUUGGAUAAACAGCGUUACUAGUGGUAAAGACAACUUCUUUACUUUCUUUUCGACAGGCAUGAAUAAGACUUGCGGGCCAGAUAUAUGGUGGUUUCUGACAGUUACGGAAGUGGCAAAACCGGCUGUAGGUGAGCACGCAGACAAGCUUCAAUGCACCGGUGUGCCAGUGACAACUUUCAUCAUAUGUGCAGCGCAAUUGAAGACUCUCCAGAAAAUGGCAAUGGGUGACUAUGUGUCUUCGUUGGAUUUCAACAAGCUCUUUUUGCACAAGGGUGGUCAAGGAUAUAAAUUAGUUGUGAAGAGAAAAGAGGAUGAGGAAGGUGCGAAGCGAGUGAGGGAACUUGCAAGGUUUGGGUGUCUCAAGCUUGUGGUGAUGACAGAUUUUGUAGAUUUGAUGAAGUUCCAGCCAAAGGUUCAACACGCAGCAAAGUUGGAAAAAUUGAACACACAUUGUGAACAGGAACAAAUUUCGGCAUUACUUGGGGUUAUUGAUGGUACAAACAUUUGCAUGUUUGACGAGGAAUGGUUGAUUGACAGUGUUAAGCAAUGUAAUUGAAUAAAAAUCUUUCUUUCUUUUAAGGUAUA